CUUAUCAGCGGCCGGCGGGGGGCUCGCCCCACUCCCGCCCAGCGCAGCCGCCGCGGCGGGGCCGGCACCUCCGCAAGGGCCGCACCAUGGGCAGCCAGGGCUCCAAGGCGGCGGGCGGCGACCCCGACACCGCCAAGGCCAACGGGCAGGAGAACGGCCAUGUCAUCUACAACGGGGACAUGACGCCCAAGGUGGGGGUCGAGGUGGCCCCACAGAACGGGAACGGCUCGGCGGAACCCCCCAAGGAGGAGAGCGAGGGCGAAGCGGGCGGUGCGGACACCAUCGAGCCCGCCCCGGCCGCCGCCGACGGCGGCGACCCCAAAAGCGAAGGGGCCGCGGCCCCCAAGGACGCCCCCAAGAAGAAGAAGAAGUUCUCCUUCAAGAAAUCCUUCAAGCUGAGCGGGAUCUCCUUUCGCAAGAACAAGAAGGAAGGCGGGGACUCCUCCGGCUCCUCGCCCACGGAGGAACAGGGCAGGAGCGAGGAGACCCCGCCGGGGGGGCUGCAGCCCUCGGCUCCCCCCGAGGAGGAGGAGGAGGGCGGCGAGGGGCCCGAGCCCAAGGAUGGAGGAGAAGCCGCGGGGAGCCAGGAGGAGGAGAAGCAGCAGCAGCAGCAGGGAGGGGAGAGCCAAGGAGACACAGCCAAACCCGAGGAACCCUCGAAAACCGCGGGGCCGGAGCCCACAACGAGCCCGGCGGAGCAAAAGGAAGAGUAGAGGCCGCUCGGGCAUCAUCAUCAUCCUCACCGGGGACUCUCACACCGCCCCCCGACCCUCCCCGCCCCAGCCCCGAUCGCCACGGACUCGCCCGCACCGCCCCGGCCCCCCUAGGACUGGCAGCACCUCCCGCACACCCCGCCCUGCAGGGAUUGCGCUCCCCGUUCCCGGUAGAAAUCAAAUUGAAAAAGCUGGUUUGGAUUCCCACCGCCGCCGCCACUUGGAGUAGUUUGAGCUGAAUUCCUUGGAGAAAAUAAACAAACAAACAAAAGAAAGCUGGGGAGGAAGAUUUGUCCCGGACACCACUGGAGUUUACAGUUUGUAAGAAGCCUGGAUCCCAAAUCCCACUCUGGAUCUCUCCAGAUCUCUCCUCUCCUCCCGCUCCCACUGACUGUUCAAUGGAAUUUUUAUUUUAUUUUGUGUUUUUUCGUUUUGUUUUUGUUUUUUUCUUUAUUUCUCAGUUUACAUUCCUGGUUCUGACUUUUCAUUUCAAGUAUUUUGUGCUUUUUUAUAUAGAAAUCGAUGGUUUAAAAAAGCUAAUCUGGUUAGUUUUUUAUAAUGUCUUCUAUUGGCUUAAAACUAUAAAGCUUGUAAGUCCGCUGUGUUUAAUUCUGCUUUAAGGGAUAACUUUUAGGGUGUGGGGUGGAGAGAGGGGGCCCUACCAGCUGUAUAAUGUGAAGCCAACAUUGUUGUUUUUUUUUUCUCUGUAAAUAAUUUUUUUAAUGGCCAAGAAAACCACUUGAUUUGCAAUUUUCUAACUUGUAAAAAAAAAAACAAAAAAAAAAAAAAGAAGAAAGCGAGAAAAAAAAAAUCAAAAAAAAAAAAAAACCAACAAAACGACAACAAACCCAAACUAAACCACCAAACAAAAGCUGUAACAUUUGAAAGGAAUAAAUGGUGAGCCCUUUAUGGGAGAGCUGGAGUCCUUCUUGUCCUGGAUGGAAGGGGAGGAAGAUGGCAGUUGCUGAUUUAGCCCAGCAGCUGCUCUGUUUAAUCAGCGCUCGCCGUUAAUUGACUCGCAGCAGAUGCAGAGCCCCGGCCACAAAGGACUUUCCCAGCCCAGCCCCAUCCCCACCUCGCCAUCGCUGCUCCAAACCUGUUUUCUUCCCAAUCCCGCUUUUUCCCCCUGUGGAAGCUGGAAAAACCCUCGGGAUUUUGCUUAGGAUGAGGCGGAAUUCCCGAUUUUUUUAAAUUUAAAUAGUUUUUUUUUUUUUUAGAGAGGGAUUAGCUCCUCUGGGCUGAAAGGAGCACAAAAGGCGAGGGUUGGCAGCAAAGAUUUCCUGAACAAAGGGAAAAGGAGGCGACAAUGGAGCCUCUAUCCCUGCUCCUGUCACCUGCACCGGGAUCUGGGAUGGUUUUUUCGGGAUGGAUCCGGUGGUUUUUCCAGAGAUUUUCCUGGAAAAUGCUCCUGCGGCUCCUCCAUUUCAUGGCCUUGCUCCCAAUUCCCACCUCGUGCUCCCAGUUUGCCCAGUUCCACCUGCUCCUGCUGUUCUGGCUGGAGAAGAGCUAAAAUAAUAGAAAAGAAAUAAUAGAAAAGAAAUAAAAUAAUAGAAAAUAAACCCCAAAGCUUUGUUUGCCCAACAGGCACCACCCUGGCAAGGGCAAGGAGCAUCCAGGCUCUUCCCGAGCCUUGAGGUAGGUGGGAAUACCCAAAAAAUUCCAUGUUUUACGUAAGAAAGCCAAAAUCGGGGAUUUGUCUCCCAAAUGGAUUCAUUUCUUUGAGCAGAGGGGUGAAAUAAAUGGGUUUUUUUUACCCAAUUUUGAAGGAAAAAUGGGAUUUGGGAGCAUCUGGCGGAGCCGCAGCCUGGCAGCCAUUUUAGAAAUGCUGGGAAAGGGAAGGGCUCGGGAAGGGGGAAUUCAAUGGUGAUUCCAUUCAAAUUCCAGGGGUUUUGUUCCAAAAAAGGGGAGGAUUUAAUGGUGGGAGGGAGGAUGGAGCCUUCCCGGGGCUGUUCAGCACCCAAAGUCCACUGAGCUCACACAAAGCUGCUUUUUUUUUUACUCCAAAAAGAGCAGAUUUGGGGUUUUGUGGCCAUUUCAGGUGUGAUCAGCACUCAGCUCCACAAUGGAGCUGCUAAUAAUUCAAUUAAAGGAUUUUCAUCCUCUCAGAUUCUGGGUAAAACCACUAAAAUUCAGCCCAAAGGUGAAUUAAGUCCAUCACUUGAUUAUUCCCAAAUUGCUCCACUCCAAGCAGGAAACCAAACAGGAUCAGGGAUGAGAACCCAGCUGGAGUUUGGGAAUAAAAUCAAAGGAAAACAAAAAUAAUCCCCAAAACCCAUCACAUUUGAGCUCCUUUGAGAAUCUCAAAGCAAAAAUAAAAAAAAGGGGGAAAGGCAAAAAAAAACCCCAAAAAACAAAGAAAACAAACAAAAAACCCAAAUAAUUGACAAAGGGAAUAACCAUUAACAAAAGAGAUUCAAGCAGUUUUUCAGGUGUAGGAGAAAUAAAUAAAUGUUUUGGUGGAUGGAAUUAAACCUGAAAGAAGAAAGGAAUUAAUGCCUUGUUUUUCUUCCCAACUCCUAAUUCCACCUCUAAUUUUUUUUUUAUCCAUUAGAUCCAAGCACAGCUCUGAAAAUGAAUUAAUUGAGUAAAAAAGAAGACCAGGCUCACACCAGCAAUAGAAAUGGAGCAGUUUUAUUACAAAGGUUCUGAAAAUUCAAAAUAAACGCAUCUUUAAAAAACCACAAUAGAUUUUUCCCCUCCCCUCGUGUCCCUCCCACAUUCCCCAGACACAAAGUUACACUGAUCUCUCUCUUGUUUCACAUAAAAACACUGAAAAUCAGAGUGAAAACCUCACUCAGAUCCCAAAGAGACUAAAAAACUCCACGGUGAGGGGGGAAAAAAAAAGGGAGGGGGGGAAAAAAAUAAGGAAUUAAAAAAAUAAACCCUUUGAAAAAGAACCUGUGUGAAGUUUUAGCAGCAUUAUUGGAGUUGAAACCCUCAGCAGUGCUCCCAUGGGAGGGUGCAGAACCUCUGGAAUUCCAGAGGGAUCCCCCUGAGAAAGGAGAGCAGCGAGUUGGAACUGCCUGGAGAAAAAAAAAUAAUAAAAAAUUUUAAAAAAAUCCAAAUUUCUCCCCUCCAAAAAAAACAAAAAAAGUUUUAUUUUUCCCUUCCCUGGGUUGUAGAAAAGGAGAGGUAAAAGGUCACAAAAGAGAUGUGGGGGUGAGGAUGUGUGGGAGGAGGGAGAGGAGCUGUGAAAAAGCUCAGAGCCCCAUCUGCUGUUCCCUCAGGAUAAAAAGGUUGGAAUUUACUGGCCUUGGGAAGGAAAUCCAGUUGGAAAACUUGGCUUAAAAAUGAGGAAAAAGUUGGUUUUUUUAAGGGAUCCACAUGAAGAAAAGCUGCCAGCUGGGUUCUUUGAGGGAAUUUCUGGGGUUUCAGCAGAAAAGUGGAGCCAAAGGGGAGGAAUUCCCUCCCCAAAAACCAGGUGAAAAAUCCCUUCCCUCCCUGGAGGAGCAUCAAAUGCUGCCACACUCCUUGGAUCCAGCAGAUCUUGGAAAACUGAAUCACCCCCUAAAGGUGAUUUUAAUUUUACAUUUUCCAGAUCUGGGCUCUGGGGCUGAUUCAUUAAAAAAAAAAAAGCCAAAAAAUAGAGAAACAAAAAGA